AUGUCAAGCAACCCAGAGAUUCCGUCGCUCGUUACUACUAACCUCGCUACUGUCUGUAUAGAGAGCGCCCUCACGGGCGUGUUCUGGGUCCUCUAUGCGCUGUCUACUUUCCUGCUAGUGCAGCGUGCCCGCUCGCAGGCGGCGCAGACUGGGUCGUCGACCCGCUCGAUCUACAAAACACCGAUGUUCAUCGCAUCGAAUUUUAUCGCCCUCACUGUGACCGCGCACUGGAGUCUCACCGUCUAUCGGCUCUUUUUCGCCUUUGUAGAAUCUAUGGGAGGUGCGAAGCCGUUGUACGUCUAUGCGAACAUCGCGGAACCGUCCGAGAUCGCCAAAACGGCAUGUUUUCUCGCCACUGUGCUGGCGUCGGAUGCCAUGAUUAUUUACCGCCUGUACAUCAUCUGGGGCUACAACAAGUGGAUCAUCAUCUUCCCCAUCUUGACUUGGUUUGGACUGAUUGUGUGCGGAGUAGGCCUCUGCUGGCGGUUCUCCUUGUAUCAACUAGGCGAGAACGCAUAUCACGGCGAGAUUGGGCGCUGGAUUACGAGCGACUGCGUCAUGACAUUUAUCACGAACGUGUAUUGUACCGUCUGCAUCGCAUGGCGUAUUUGGCGCAGCCGCAUUCGCAGCAAGUCGUUUGGCGGUGGAAAUUUGAGGGGCGUCCUGGCGAUUGUUAUAGAAAGCGCACUCAUCCAUACAUGCUGGAACUUUUUCUUUCUCCUCGAGUUCCAGCUGCAGUCCGUGGUGCAGUUCACCGCGAUCGACGUCUGGAGCCCCAUCUGCGGCAUCACCUUCAUGCUGAUCAACUUCCGCGUCGCCCUCGGAUGGGCACAGAAGGCACACUACCAUAGCCAAAGCACUGGCAGCGGGUUUACGCCUCGCUUGCCUACAACGUCCGCCCACUCUACGUCGUACCCGCCACGCAAGCACGAGCUGGCUAGUGCGGUGGAAGGCGUCCCCUACUCGUAUAAGGAGCCGUACGUGGUGGGCGCACAUCCGUACGCUGCGGCAGACGCGCCACCGGUGUAUCCCCCGCUCACCGUCAACAUCACGCGAGUCGUAGACACAGUCGAUGAUAACGGCUCAAAUAUGCCUUACGAUGGCGCUGCGUAG